GAUUGUUCUGCUGGCGUUAUAACAACUUUUGAAAAGUGUGAAAUUUGUACCUUUUUGAAAUAUUUUUAAAUUUCUUGUUCAAAAUGCGAUUCACCAUUUUGGUGUUUCUGGGCAUUAUAACUUCCGUUUUCUCAUUUGAAUUCAAAGAUGCCAAUUCAACAGGGGUACACUUUGAUAACAAAACUACUAAUGCACAACCAGUAACAGUAGAUGAGGACAACAAUGGUAGCCGUGUGAUUGCUGUUCUAGUAACCGAUGUUAAAAACUCACUUCAAAUAAACGAUUAUGAUCAGGAGAAAAAACUAGAGGCCAAAGUUGAGCCUGGAAACAAUACUAGUGAAUACAAAAUUACGAUAAAAAGGCUUGAUUAUGAAAAAAUACAGCCUAACCCUUUUAUUUUGGAUAUCACAGAUGGUUCCGAUCCGACUACUCGCCAAACCUUGAGCGUUGGUUUCAAAAAUUUGGACGACGAAAGCCCGAAUUUAAUAACUUCUAAUUGCGACAUGGAUGAAAUGACAGAAUACACAGUUGAUAAUUCAAUGUGUGUUUUCCAAGUUAGUGAUCCUGAUGGAUUUUUAGGCAAAAUGAAUUUUAAAAAUAUCGUAGGCUCAAGAGGUGAGAAAGACUUAUUUGAAUUCAAAUAUAAAAAAAAUCCUUUUGAAACUGCCACGAAAAGCGACGUUUAUUUAAUUUUGAAAGAAGGAGUGACUUUAGACUUCAACAGUGCAUUUGUGUAUUCAUUUCAUUUGGAAGCAAAGGACGCUGCUGGUCACGAAACCACUCCUCUAAAAAGUGUCCCCAUUCUAGUCCAAGUCAAUGAUAUUCCCAAUAAACCACCAGUUUGGGAAAAAAUUGAAUCUGUCCUAACAAUACCAGAAAAACAAUCUUAUACAACACAAGUUUCAGCACAAGAUGGUGACUAUGGAAUAAAUAAUAACAUAAGUUAUAGUAUUGAUGAUCCAAGUGGUUACGCUAAAAUUGAUCCUAAAGAUGGGACUAUUACCAUUGAUCCAAUUGAUAGAGAUGCAGGAAACGACGAGAUCACCAUUAAUGUAACAGCUACAGAAGUCGAAGAUUCAAACUCAACAACAACUGCCCAGAUUUUCUUGAUUAUUGAAGAUAUUGAUGACAACAUCCCAAAAAUUUAUAUUAACGAUUCAGCCGAGAUAAAAGAAUUAAAAUUAACCAUAGAUGAAGGUUCAACGAAAAUAGAUACAAACAUAUCAGUAUCUGAUAUAGACUUUGGAGAGAAUGCUAUGUACACUAUAGAUUUGACUUCAAAAAAUGCAGAUUUUUUAACCGCAUUUGCUGUAAUUCCUGAACGAGGAUAUGAAAACACAACACUUACUCUAAAUAUUCUAGACUCAAAUAAAUUAGAUUUUGAGCAACCCGAUUGGCAAAUAAUCACGAUGGAGUUACACACUAAAGGAACCAAAAACACGUCAAUGGCAGAUAUGGUUCCAAUUACAAUAGUUCUGAAUGAUAUCAAUGAUGAAACCCCCCAAUUUGGGGAUGUUGGUGUUGUCACAGUCCGGGAAGACGUACCAACUGGUACUGUGAUAGUUUCAAUACAAGCAACAGAUGCUGAUGCUGAAGACAUAGCAGCUGGUUUAAAACACGAAUUGUUGGGAGCUUUGGUAAAUAACACUUUCACAAUUGAAGCCCUAGGUGGCAAUAUCACCACUAAAGUAGACGAUGCUUUUGACUUUGAGACCCAAAACAAAGUUUACAUCCAUAUUAGAGCCACAGAUUUAGCAAAUCAUACAGCUACUACUCAAUUGACUAUCCUAGUAGAAGACGUAAAUGACGAAAACCCAAAACUGGUUAUUUCAUCAUCAGUGGAAAUUGACGAAAAUCAGGCACAUGGUACCGAAUUAAAGACUAAUAUCGCAGCAUUUGAUGAAGACACGAAUGCAGACUUAAUGUUUUCAAUUGAUUGGAGCCAGUCUUACGCAACUAAGAACUCUCUAAAAAUAAGUAAUGAGGAUUUUGCAAAUUAUCACUGCAUUAACAUCGAAACUGUUGCUGAGGCAACAAACCAUGUGGUUUCCGCCAAAUUAACUAUCAGCGAAACUCAGAAAGACAACACUCCAGAUUAUGAGUUAUUUGAUACUUUAUAUAUUUACUUGAAAAUUACUGAUAAAAACACCGAGAAGAAUGAAGGUUUUGAUUUUGCAUUAAUUCCUAUAACAAUCGUAGACAAAAACGAUAAUAGUCCGGAAUUUUCAAGCAAUGCUGAUGAUAGGAGACAAGUCACUGAAAACACAGCAAAUGGAACUGCUAUUGGUAAUAUAACAGCCACUGAUAAAGAUGUUGGAGACAAGAUCACAUAUUCCAUAAAACCUGUAAACGAUAAAACACCCAACUGGUUUGCAGUUGAUAAUAUCACUGGUAAUCUCUUUGUCUGUUUGGAAGAUAACGAUGUUAUUGAUUCGGACAAACCGGAAGGCAUUUUCACGUAUAAUGUUACUUAUAUUGUCACAGCAAGUGAUGGUGUCCAUAAUACGUCUAUUAAUAUAACUAUCGAUAUAAACGACCAAAAUGACUUGGCACCUCAAUUGGGCAAUCAGGACAUAGAAAUUCCAGAAGAUAAUGGGCUUGAUAAUAACAGCCAACAAAAUGGAACGUUGGUCCUUGAGUUGUCACCAAAAGAUGGUGACAGAGACGAACCAUUCCACACCGUGAAAUGCUCAUUUUCAUCCACCACAAGUUCUAAUGUAACAAACAGGUUUCAAAUUGAUGACUUGAAUAGAAUUACAGUUAACUUAUCAGCAGAAGCUAGCUUAGAUAGAGAGACAACUCCCGAGUUUACGUUUGAUCUUAUGUGCAUUGAUAAUCCUACCGGACAAGGAAAUAUCUCAAACCCCGUAGAUCCACCACCAAAAAUAACAAUAAAAUUAACAGACCUCAAUGAUAAUUAUCCGACUGUAGUUAAUACUACUUUACCAAAAUUGUCAGAAAACACUAAAACAGGUCCACUUGACACACAACUUCACGGUGAAGAUAAGGAUGAAGGUGAUAACGGAAAAAUGAAUUUUGUGAUCGCAGCAAUUGAACGCUGUCAGGAUGAAACUCUAAAAAAUUGCCGCAACGCUUCUUUAACACUUUUUGACAUAGAAACUGCUGACACUCAGACGGAAGCUACCCUUAUUUUAAAAAAAGAUUUAAGAGACAAUUAUGGUUAUCUAAAAUUUACAAUUAACACUACAGACUUAGGAGAACCUGCCUUGUCUGGUGUGUCAACCGUUUCAGUAGAAGUGGUCAAAUUCAAUUUUGAGGAACCGAAAUUUACAUUUCCCGUGGAUGGAGCUACGUAUUAUUUAGAAAUGACCCAAAACAAAGACGCACCACUGAUAAUGUGGGACGCCAAAAUUUUUGACAAUAUUGCCGCCACUGAUCAACAAAACAACAAAUACGCGAUUUUAUUCAAAAUUGUUGAGGAUAACAGUGGUGAAAAUCUCUUCAAAGUCGCUAAUUCUAACGGCUCUCAAGCACAACUCCAAAUGAGCACAAGUAGUUUCAAGGCUGAAACUUACACGAUAACUGUUAUGGCUUAUUUAGACGCCGAUGAAAGUCAGAUGGUUCCAGGGGAAAAACCAUAUUCGAAAAAUUGUACUUUCCAUAUUGGUUUCUUUGAUAAAGAUAAUACAGAUCCUGUUUUUGCCCAUCAUGAUGGUAGUACUGAAUUUCUAGAAAAUUCAAUUACAGAAAACUACAAAGUCGAAAAUGCGUCAUACCCAGAUGUGAAUAUUUCUAACUUAGAUAUUUUCUAUUUGUUGCGCGAGGGUAAUAAUAGCAUCUUUGAUGUAGACAUAAAGACAGGAAAUGUAACACUUAAAACACCACUUGAUUACGAAGAAGUGAAAAGUUACACUUUGGUCAUACAAUCAUCAAAUAAAGAUACCAUUAAUUCCAAUGCCAACGAAGAAACGAAGUUUAAUCUUACCAUAAAAGUUGUAGAUGUGAAUGAUAACCCACCAGUGUUUGACCAAAAAGAGUAUGUUUCAUUCCUCACUAUAGAUACAGACAUCAACCUUACAAUUUCGGCCACCGAUAUUGAUACAACCAGUCAAGGAAAACUAACAUACGUAAUAGAUUCAAUAGAAUCAUACUCGCCAGGUGUAUCAAAUAGCACAGCUAAAGAUCAUUUCAAAAUCGAUGAAAAAACCGGUGUCAUUAAGCAAAAUUUCGAAGUCAGUGACACCAUGAGUGGAUAUUUUAGAUUGCUCCUCAGUGUUCAUGACGAAGAAUCAACUCAUCUAGACAACGCUACUGCUCAAAUCUACUUGGUAACUUCCAAAUACACUGUAAAUUUCAAAUUUCAAAACAAACAACAAGUCUUAGAAAAUGCUACUGGUUCUAUAAAAUCCAUACUGGAAACGCAAUUCAACUACUCGACAACCGUUGAAAGCUCAAAGAAAGUUGACAAAAAUACCGAUCAAACAAUAGUUCCUGUUUUUUUCCACGAUACUAAAUCACACGGACCAAAAGAAGCAACCACAAUAUUAAAACAAGUCACAAAAACGGGCAAAUUACAAUCCCUGAAAGAAGAAUUUUUAAAAGUGGGUUUACUUCUGAUGGGCUUUUCUUUAGAUUAGGAAAGAGAUUUUGAAAGCGUGGCUUAUUAUCACCACUAGUAAUAACAAGCUUAAUUUUUAUACUUUUACAGCUUGUACUCUUCCGAAGUGAGUUGUAAACACGUCACUGCGAGUGACACUAUAAUAAAGUUUUACAAAAAAAAUUGGCUUUGGUAUAAAAAUUUUUAUGUGAAAAUGAAAGUAGGUAUAAUUAAUUAUUUGAGAACCAAUUAAAUUUCGUACCACGUCAUUUUCAUGGCAAGCUAGAUAUUUGAAAAAAUUUAUUACUUUCAUUUCAGUAUGAAUAUGCUACAUAAAUAUGAACAAUAGAAAACAUUUAAGUUUGUAAGUGAAAUUAACCCCUUCAAGAGCGUUUCAACGUUAGUCAACCCAAAAUACGGUAUUUAGUAUACUUAGUUUUCUAACAAGAAUUACAAGGCUACAUUAUUUAUAAAAUUAAUUAAAUAACGGUAUCUUAUUUAAA